UUUAUCGAUAAAUCCACGGUCACACUGCAUACCAACGACAACAACAAAAUUCACUGCGCUGCGUAAUUAAUUAAAUAUUUUACAAAAUUCAAGCCAAACCACAGCAAAAAACAUUACUCCCGGACUGUGCAACGUAACGUAACUGUGUUCAAUCGAUUGCCAAAGCUUAAGAGAGCCAGUGGAAGCGAACCGCCAACAGAGAAUACACCGAAAUGGCCACUCGUAAGAAAUCGUUGCUGAAAGUCAUCAUACUGGGCGACAGCAGUGUGGGCAAGACCUCGCUCAUGAAUCAGUAUGUGAACAAACGCUUCUCCAACCAAUACAAAGCAACGAUCGGCGCCGACUUCUGUACGAAAGAGGUGGUUGUCAACGACCGUGUGGUCACAAUGCAGAUUUGGGAUACUGCUGGCCAGGAACGCUUCCAAUCGCUCGGCGUGGCCUUUUAUCGCGGCGCUGACUGCUGUGUGCUCGUCUACGAUGUGACGGCGCCCAACUCAUUCAAGAAUCUCGACUCCUGGCGUGACGAAUUCUUAAUACAGGCCAGUCCACGCGAUCCCGAGCAUUUCCCCUUCGUUGUGCUGGGCAACAAGGUGGACUUGGAUAACCGCCAAGUGUCCACGCGUCGGGCACAGCAAUGGUGUCAGUCCAAAAACGAUAUACCCUACUAUGAAACGUCAGCCAAGGAGGGCAUCAAUGUGGAGAUGGCGUUUCAGACCAUUGCCAAGAAUGCGCUGGAGCAGGAGGCAGAGGCUGAGGUUAUCAACGAUUUUCCCGAUCAGAUCAUCUUGAAUUCUCAAAAUAAUCGCCCAGGAAACCCAGACAACUGUCAGUGCUAAUGUAUUAACAGCAACAACAACAACGCAACGUGGAUAAUUACACAAUCUAUAUUAUAAAAUAAUAUUUGCAACAAAUUUAUGAACAUGAAAAGCAAAACAAACACACACACAAGAGGAGAACGAGACGACAGAAAGUGUUCUAUGAUUAAGUAAAACAAUUUCAGCAAAACAGCAUAGUAAUUAAUUAUUUGUUAGGACGACAACAAGUUCAGAAGUACAGAUCAGCAUCAGCAGACUUGUUUUAAGGGCCCCUGGCAAUGGCCCCUCCCCCCACCCGCACUUCCAACUACCUAAAACAGCCCGUCUCUACUACCUACACUCUAAGUAAACGUUCAAUAAAUAAGUAUGCUCUGUGUACUCAUAACUACAUAACAUAACAACAUAUUCAUAUGCAUGUGUCCGCCUCUCCUAGUACUAUUUUUGCCAUUUAAUUAGUCAAAUUUUAAUGCACGCAGCAGCUGCUGGGCUUUGCAAAACGGCAGGCAGGCGGCACCGCACCAUUGAGAAUACAAUAACAAAAGUAUCUUCGAAGCAAACAACAAAAUCUUGUGAUUGUAAAUUUAAUAAAACGAAACCCUUUUUUUUGUAUGUAAAUUAACCCAUAAAGUUAUUGCCCUUUUCCUGCAUUUUCUCAUCGAUUUGGCAACGAUACGAAUCUGCUCAGUUCCACCAAAAACUAUCACCCACACUUGCAUACGAAUCGAGCGUUAUUUUCGAUUAGUUAAUUUUGUUACUGGUAUAUAUCCUACUCGUACAAUAUAUAGUUUCUAUGUAAAUUGCUCCUUGUUUUUUCAUAAUACAUAUUCGUAAUGCUAAAUGGCGUGUAUUUGGUAUGUACUUUAUUCCACUAAUUAAUCAGUUUUUAUGCGUUUCUUUUUCGGUUUACUUUACACAAU